AUGGCCAUGCUCGCCGCAAAGUCUCCGUAUCCCGCGCCCUCGAUGAGUGGGAGUGCCUCGCAGUCGUCCGCCCAAUACAACGGCGGCCUCUCCGGCUACCGCAGCCAUGCCUCAAAUACACGGGCCGAGCAGUCCAUGUUUGCUUCUCCCACCGAGUCAGAGUUCUCGGAGAUAUACGACGCUCCCGACGCCAUCAGACAUUGGGACGAGGACAAAGUUGGUGACUGGCUGAAGCGCAUCAACUGCGCCCAGUAUGUCGACCUCUUCAAGCACAACCACAUCAACGGCGAGAACCUCAUGGAGAUGGACCAGACCCACCUCAAGGACAUGGGCAUCAAGAAGGUCGGCGACCGCGUCCGCAUCGGCUCGCAAGCCAAGCAGCUGCGCAACAAGGAGUACAAGAAAGCCUCAAGACGCACAUCAAAUAGGCAAUCGCUAGCCACGCUCGACAACGCCGCAUACACUCCGCCAUCCUCUGGCUCUCCCCGCCCGCUCUACUCUGCACGAUCGAAUCCUCCCGUCUCCAACUCGAAUCCCGUCAGCUCGCGGACCGAGAAGCGCAUGUCGAGACAGAUCAUGAACUCCGACCUGAGCAGCUUCGCAUACGGUGCCAAACCUCCCUCGCGUCCCGCGUCUCCUCUUGUCGACCAAGAGACCCGGAACCUUCGGUCACAACGGCAGGGAGGAAUGAACAGCCCCAAGGAGCUUGGCAACAAGACAUACGGCGCGCAUCCCCUCAGUGCUUCCAGCAGCUCCGUCAACAUCGCUUCCCAGUUCUCGCGCAACCAACGCACUACACCCACCGAAACACCACAGACAGCCCGCUUCGCCCACCACGUUCGUGCGAGUCCUAGCGUGGACAGUGCCACCAACAGCGCCAUCUUGCCACACGACAAGGCGCUAGUCCGUGUUAUCUACGAUGGCGGACGCACCUCAGUCGUGAACAUCGAAGGCUGCAAGACGGCCGAGGAGGUCAUGCUGAAGACCCUGACCAAGGGCCACCUCAACACCGCCCAUGUCAAGAACUACUGCUUCUACAUUCUCAACAGCCCAGAGCCAGACCCAUCGCUAUCUGAACGCUUGAGUGACAUCGAGCUCUUCAGACUCGUCAAGGAUGCCAACAGACACGAAAGAGGCCGGUUAAUACUUCGCAAGGUUCACGCUGGUGAGCCGGAUGAAGACCAACUGAAGGCUGCGGCUGGCAUCUACGCGCAACAGAACUUCCAGCAGAGUUCCACCGUCUACGUACCGUCAAGCAACCGCAGCCAGAUCAAGAUUGAGAAGCUCACGGGCGAGUCGCUUGCUGCUGUCAGCUACCCUCUAUCACCAACAUCCGCGAGAGAACGAGAACGCCACAUCAACUCAACAGCCCAGAAUCUGGAAGGACCCUCUGAUCCAAACAGGUCACCAGUCUUCCAAGCUCGUGCCCGGAAACUAAAGCAGUUCUACGGUGCUCGACCUCCCAGCGAGCUCAUUACAUCCGACCUGACCUCCUACUUCCCUGACGUCGGAAAAGAUGAGAUUGACAAGACCGUCCGCAUGUCGAUACGUCGCUCUCACCGACUCAGCCGCGCAGCCUCGCGUCUAUCGAUGGCAUCCAACUUCAGCGUUGCUUCCAGCCUGAAGGAUGCGCCGCCACUACCAUCCAUCGCCGACACUUGGCUCCAAGGUGGUGCUCAAGCCCGCCCACUUCGCCCACUUUCGGUCAUGCGACUUGGUCUGCCCAACCAAUCUGGGUACCGUGACUCUAUGGCAUCUUCUGUUCUGGAACCUCUAGACGAGGAGUCACCUCUCGAACCCAACCGAAAAUCAUAUGUGUCGUUUGGUGGUGAAUCGGAUACCCUUGCCAUUACAGACCCGGAGGGCAACACCACUCUACAAUCCUACUUCGACGACGGGGGUAGCAGCCUUACGGGUAGCAGUAGCAGCAACACCGAGAACGGCGACUCACUCAACAAACGCCUUUCUGAGGCCAUUGCUGAGGAUGGCGAAGAGUCAGACGAUGAACUGGCCGAGUAUCUCGAACAGGACUCCUGGGACAACGUCAAGUACAUGAAGGGAGCUCUCAUCGGACAAGGUUCUUUCGGCAGCGUUUACCUUGCCCUACAUGCCGUCACCGGUGAGCUCAUGGCCGUCAAGCAGGUCGAGCUUCCUUCUGUAGCUGGCGCCUCCCAGAUGGACAGCAGGAAGACAAACAUGGUGGAAGCCCUGAAACACGAGAUCGGCCUGCUACGAGAACUCAAGCACAAGAACAUCGUGCAGUACCUUGGCUCCAACUCAGAUGAGAGCCAUCUCAACAUUUUCCUCGAGUACGUCCCAGGUGGUUCCGUGGCAACCAUGCUGGUGAACUACGGCCCGCUCGGCGAAUCCCUCAUCCAGAACUUCGUACGCCAGAUUCUGACCGGUCUUUCGUACCUUCACUCCCGGGAUAUCAUCCAUCGCGACAUCAAGGGUGCAAACAUCCUCGUCGACAACAAGGGCUCAGUCAAGAUUUCCGACUUCGGUAUCUCCAAGCGCAUUGAAGCCUCUACACUGGGUGGCGGCAAGAAGGGAGCUCAGCGCGUCUCCCUUCAAGGUUCAGUCUUCUGGAUGGCACCAGAAGUCGUUCGACAGACAGCCUACACCCGCAAAGCCGAUAUCUGGUCGCUCGGCUGCCUGGUUGUCGAGAUGUUUACGGGAAGCCACCCGCAUCCCAACUGCACUCAACUGCAAGCCAUCUUUAAGAUCGGUGGUAGUGGUGAUGCCAGCCCUACCAUUCCAGACAACGCUGGCGACGAUGCUCGAACCUUCCUGGCCCAGACCUUCCUCAUCGAUCACGAGAAGCGUCCCAGUGCUGACGAGCUUCUCGCCAGCCAUUUCAUAACUAAUCAGGGUGCAUAA